ACUGUAUCCAGGAUGAUGAGUCCCAGCAUCUGCUGGCUGUGCAACAUGUUCAGAGAUGGCAAAAAUGGAAUUGCUUCCAAAGUAAGCCUGGAGGAAGUGCUGCAAUGGUCCCAGUCCUUUGAAAAGCUAAUGGCUACUAAAUAUGGGCCAAUUAUCUACAAAUCCUACCUGAAGACUGAAUACAGUGAUGAGAACAUUGACUUUUGGUUGACUUGUGAAAGGUAUAAGAAGAUUGCCUCCCAGAAGAAAAGAACGGCAGUGGCCCGGAAACUUUUCAAAGAGUAUAUCCAGCCUCAGGCUCCAAGAGAGAUUAACAUUGAUAGUCCAGCAAGAGAAAGUAUUGUCGCAGAGCUUCAAGAACCAAGCCAUUCCUGUUUUGAUGAAGUCCAGAAGAUAGUUUACAUGCAUAUGGAAAGGGAUUCAUACCCCCGGUUUCUUGGUUCAGAAAUCUAUCAAAAUCUUAUCCAUAGUCUUUCAACCAGAAAAAGAUCCAUUGGUAUCUAUCAAGAUGAAGAAUAAGAAUUUCGAAGAUGCAGUUAUCAUCACCAGUUUUUGAGCCUUUGAAGAUAGAGAGGUCCAGUUGUGGCUUGAGGAACAUUUUUAUAUCUAAGGCUUUAUUCAGACAUGGGAUUGGGUGGGCACUGUAACAAUUCUGAUGUGGGGGUAUUGUUUAUACACAGAUGAUUACCUCCUGACAUAAUUUAUAUUCUGAGUAUUUCCAACACCAGCUGCAACUUUUCAAACCCUGGGCUUGCAAGUGGAUUUGUUUUUCUGUUCAAAGAGUUCUUAAGUCAAGGGUUAACUUGCCAUGUGUAUUUGCAUGUUCUCAUUUUCUUUGUAUUGUGGGGUGAUCCGAUGACUGCUGUUGACAA